CCCCGGUGUCCCCUCGCCGCCCAACAUGUCCUUUGCCAUGCUGCGCUCGGCCCCCAGCCGGUACCUGUACCCCGAGAUCAGCAUGCUGUCCGAGGACGAGGAGAACGGCAGCGAGAGCUCCGGCUCCGACGAGAAGCCCUACCACCUGGACGCCGACGGCUACGGCAUCAAGGCCAGCAAGCGCAGGAGCGGCAAGAAACCCAACCGGAUCAACAGGGAGCCCCGGCAGCGUCACACAGCCAACGCGCGGGAGCGUGACCGCACCAACAGCGUCAACACCGCCUUCACCGCCCUCCGCACGCUCAUCCCCACCGAGCCGGCCGACAGAAAGCUCUCCAAGAUCGAGACCUUGAGACUGGCCUCCAGCUACAUCUCCCACCUGGGGAACGUGCUGCUGGUGGGGGAGGCGUGCGGGGACGGGCAGCCCUGCCACACCACCCCUGCCUUCUACCACCACGGCGGCAGCAGCCCCCCCGCGCGCGACACCGAGAACUCCCAGCCCAAACAGAUCUGCACUUUCUGCCUCAGCAACCAGAGGAAGCUGUAUCCUCUGCAUGCCAACAGCCCUCACAAAGCGCACGUCCCCGCUGCCUGCGUUGCAUACAGCUGUGAAGGACCAAGGGGCAAGCGGGCCUGGGGACACGAGACGUGGGGGCAGAGGCGCGUGGGUCACCCCAAGCAGUCAGUGCUGGGAUUGCACACCAGUUAA